AGCAUUUACUGCAUCAACAAUCUCUGUGACUGUAAUAUCCUAUCUGAAUCAUUUGAUCAACCAUACAUGUCACAAACCUGUCCGGGUGCUUGUUGAUUUCCCCUGAUUCUCAGCUGGUUGGAGCAGACUGGUGGAGCUGAGAGAAAGGAGAGUUUGAUGGAGAUCAGACUUGGUGCAGAAAAACUACCUGCUCCGAACACAGUAAGACCUUUUCCAUAAGAUGAGCAUCUUGGAGAAGGAAAGACUAAAUGCUGCGGACGAACCUGGCGACAGUGCUGAUGUCCAGCAGGUGGUGAUCAAAGAGGAGCAGAACUGGAGUCUGAAUCUGCACCAGGAGGACACAAAACACAUUAAAGAGGAAGAGGAGGAGGCCGAUAUCAUCAAGUUCACAUUCAACCCUGUUAAUGUGAAGAGUGAAGAUGAUGAAGAGAAACCACAGGCCUGUGAAUUUCUCCACAGCCACACUGAGGAGAACAGAAACUCUCCGGGAGGACCAGAAUUGGAUUCAUCUCAGUAUUUAGAGUCGGACACAGAUGACAAGAUGUUGGAUUCUUCGGAGACCGACGUGAGUGAUGGAACUUGGGAGGCGGGGAGUGAACCCCAGUCGGGUUUAAACUCUGCUGGUAAAAGAUGUGACCCUGGUAAGAAGCUGCACAUCUGCGGCGACUGCGGUAAGACGUUCAGCCGCCGAGGACGUCUGUUAGGACACCAGAGAAUCCACACGGGAGAAAAACCCUUCAGCUGCUCCGUCUGCAAUGCAGCCUUUACGUGGAAAAAUGCGUACGUGGAACACACACGAAUCCACACUGGCGAAAGACCUUUCAGCUGCUCUGUUUGUAACGCCACUUUUAAAAGAAAAUACACUUUAGUGCAGCACUCGAGGACCCACACAGGAGAGAAACCUUUCACCUGCUCAGUAUGUGGUCAAAGUUACAGGCACAACGUGGGGCUAAGUCGUCAUAUGAGGAGCCACACGGGGGAAAAGCCCUACAUCUGCUCCGUCUGCAAGGCGGCUUUUAAGUGGAAAAACGCGUUUGUGGAACACUCGAGGAUCCACACUGGAGAAAAACCCUUCAGCUGCUCUGUGUGCACGGCAGCUUUCAGGAGAAAACAGGAUUUUGUCAACCACACAAGAGUCCACAGUGGAGAGAAGGCUUUCAGCUGUUCAGUCUGUGGGCAAGGUUUCAGUAAAACUAUAUAUUUAACUUCUCACAUGAGAUGUCACGAAGGACAGGAAGCUGUCAGGUGCGCUGUCUGAAAGACUGUCUACUUUAAAUUUAAUAAAGUUAAAAAGCAGCUGCAUCACUGAUAUCUUUGUUUUAUAAAAGCACUGUUAACCCCCCCCGGCCCCCCCUCAAAAAAGCAGAUCUGGGUUUGUUUGUACAAUGUUAUUAAAUUAUGCAGACUGAGAUUUCAUGAUUUGAUGUUUGUGCAACUCACCACAGUGUGAUCGCGGGCUCAGAAGAAAUCUUUACAGCCUAGACUGUUAAACCCCCCCCCCCCCUCAAAAAAGCAGAUCUGGGUUUGUUUGUACAAUGUUAUUAAAUUAUGCAGACUGAGAUUUUAUGAUUUGAUGUUUGUGCAACUCACCACAGUGUGAUCGCGGGCUCAGAAGAAAUCUUUACAGCCUAGUGCUCUGUUCGUAUGGGACUAUCACCCUGGAACCUGUGGUGAUUUGUAAUAAUUACGGAGGAUAUCUGCGAUAUUAAUCGAGCGGAAAUGUGCCAUUUGUAAAGUUGAGAUUCCUGCACAAAUGAUCCACCCCAUUUCAGCUAACACAGAGAUCAAGGGAAACUUGUAAUCCCGUGCAAAUGCAUGUCAAUAAUUUAGUGAUUUGUGGUGGGAGUCACCUUUUCUGCCUCCUUCCUGACAUACUGUAAUUAUGGCAGCUGCAGUGGUUGUAGCGAUAUAAUAUGAUAUGAUCCUUUAAAUGUGUUUAAAAAAAGAUGAAGAAAUGAGACCUGUUGAAAGCAGGACUCUCGGAGCCAGCAGACAUGACUCUUAGCUGGCUAAAAAACUUUUUAUCCUGCAAUAAGCUCAAAGCAUUUAGGCUACAAUGAAAUAACCAGUUAGUUAAUAUUCUGUUUACCGUUACCAUGGCAACUUGAGCACGCAGGCUGAUGUAAUCUCCAGGUUUGGUAACCUGUCAAAAUAUGACGUGUUUUAACUGAAGUGGAGUGUGAUCAGAGCUCGACUCCAAUUCAAUAUCCAGCGUUUAUAUUAAUUAAAUAGUAAUCAACUUGUUUACUACAGGGCCUUGGGAUUAAUAUCUGUAAAUUAUAAAAAAAACAUGGACUUAAUUUAUCCCGUGUGAACAUGCUGAGCCACGAACCACAGAUGUUGGGGUGUCAUUUUUGAAUUCCUGCAUUUUGGGAGGUAAUACAUUUGAAGAGCAUAUACCGAGAACCCCGUUAAACUUGUGACGUUUAUCGUGACUGUAUGUUGGUGUUCGACUUCCAGUGUCUGUGUAAAGGAUGAAUCUGAAGAUCUGAUGUGAAACAAGUUUGCGUACUAUUAGGUAAACAAAUUAAUUAAUAAAAUACACUG